AUCUGUUUUCUUCCCAAACCCCUAAAUCUCUAUCUCUUGACUUCCAACUUCAAUCUACAGAAAAGAAGAUUCCCAAGUGAUUUUCUUUUCACAGCAAAAAAACAGCUAGAGAGAUUCAUUUCCCGAGAAAAAAAUGGUAGAUGGCAACAAAAAUUGGUUUGCAUGUAGUUCAUCCAUGAAAACUCUGUGGUGUAUUGUGAUUAUUGUCCCUAUGAUUCUUUUAUCGUUCUUUGCUUCCGAUUUGGUUCCGAAGAGCUCCAGUUGGGUUUCGAAUCUUUCGAUGUCUGAUCUUUCCCCGUCUUCACCUUCUUUGAACACUAGUGAGACUUUGCAUGCACAAGUAGAAGGAGGUGGAGGGCAGCCAGUUGAUCAUGAUCUGAGUUAUCAUAGGGUGGUGGCGGUGGAUGUUCACGGUGUUGGAGAAGCUCUCUUGGCCGAGGCUGUGAUGAGCCGUGCGGCAGGUCGACCAACCCACGCGGUUGAGAACGUCAGGGUUGGAGUGUUUCAGCAGAACGAGACAAUUAAGAAAGAGAUAGUAAAUGUCGUGCCGAUUGGAUUGCCAGACAUGACCACAUCUACAGACCAAUCUAUUGCUCCUCCCUUGAAACCAAGUAAACCAAGAGUGCCUACUAGUUUGGACAGGCUAGAAGCCAGUCUACUUCGAGCUCGAGCUGCCAUAAAAGAAGCUAGGAAUGCGAAUCAGCUACUGGACCCUGAUUACGUGCCCAUUGGUCCCAUGUACAGGGAUGCCAAAACCUUUCACAGGAUGGAAGGACCUUUAUGCUGAAUUGGACUCUAGAGAAUCAAAGUCGGAAUAAAAAUAACCGAAGUGAUUUUGAGAUAAUUUUUUAUAUUAUAUUUUAAUAUAAUUUAACAUAUUAU